UGUAACGUAAGGGAGCAAAGUGCUAUCUAUCCUGUCAUAUAUCCUGUCCUUAAAUUUCCAUCAAAGCAUCACAUUUAUCGGACUCGAAGAGCUACUUAGGAGACCACCAUCAUGGGUGAACCACAGCAGGUUAGCGCCCUGCCUCCUCCACCUAUGCAGUACAUCAAAGAGUACACAGAUGAAAAUAUUAGCAAGGGUUUUGCUCCUAAACCACCACCACCUAUCAGAGACAGCUACAUGAUGUUUGGCAACCAGUUCCAAUGUGAUGAUCUGAUCAUUCGGCCUUUGGAGAGCCAAGGCAUUGAGAGACUCCAUCCUGUGCAGUUUGACCAUAAACGUGAGCUCAAGAAGCUUAACAUGUCUAUCCUGGUAAACUUUUUAGACCUUCUGGACAUCCUCAUCAAGAGCCCUGGCAGUAUAAAGCGAGAAGAAAAGCUGGAGGACUUGAAACUUUUAUUUGUCCACAUGCACCAUCUUAUAAAUGAAUAUAGGCCACAUCAAGCCCGGGAAACUUUGCGAGUUAUGAUGGAGGUUCAGAAACGACAGAGACUAGAUACAGCAGAGAGGUUCCAAAAGCACUUGGAGCGGGUAGUUGAGAUGAUCCAGGGUUGCCUUGCCUCCCUGCCUGAUGACUUACCACAGUUGGAGGGCCCUGACAGUGCUGGAGAUGGAACAAGAACUGGGCUCGAUGGGAGCAGUGUCUGUACUUCUGGGCAGGCCCCAAGGCUGAAAACAGAACCUAUGGAUCUAGAGGAAGCAGGAACAAGUUGUAUGGCUGCAGGUCACCAGAACAAGAGUACACCUACAAUAAAAAAGGACAAAAUGUGGGACAAAGAUGCGGCCAUGUGCAGUAUCAUUGACAAAAUUGCCUAGUAUUCUCUUACUAGCUAUACUGCAAUGUUUUAAGGUUUUGUGCAAAGAGGUUGGUUCUGUUGUCAUUCUACUAAAAGACCCAUUUGAUUUGAAUUAUUUAAAAGCUUUGUAUGUAUUUUAUGACCUCAGGAAAGACUUUUCAAUCCAUCCUUGCAUUUGCAAAUGAUCAUCCAGGGCAGGACUGUGGAGGAAACAAGAAAUAGCAUGCAUAGCCAACUUAAUUUUUUUGUAAUCUAAUAAAGAUAUUUUCUGCUUUCUGAA